UAAUAUACAUAUAUAAUAUUGGAAAGUAGCUAUAACCUCACAUCUCAAUUUUAGUAAUUUCCUGUUGUCAAUGACUGUCACCAAGAGAUGAUAGAUUUGAUGAUAUAAAACAACAAUUGCUACAAUAAUUUUUCAAAUUUCCUGGGACAGGAAUAAGAUACUAAGGAGGAGGAGACAGAUAUCUAUAAAAGAAUAAGAAAAAUUUCAACUCUGAGUUAGACGAUUCUCUUAAACCAAAUGCACAUUCGACAACGGAAUAAAAUAAUCUAAUAUUUACAUGAAUGAAAGAUGGCAGGAAAUAACGCAACGGCACUUAAAUCAAAUAAUGAGGAUGUAGAGAUCGGAGAGAUAGAUAUGAAUCGUUAUUUCAACAAUGCACCAUCUACGAUUUUCAGUGACAUUGUCGUGCGUAAAAAUCCUGAUUUCUUUGACACACAAUCGCAUUCUACGAACCAAGUCUCGGAUUAUAAUCCCUUGUCCGAUGGCGCAUCAACGAGUUCCUUCUUCAACGCGGACGUCUUACAAGCAUCCACGGCUUCACUUUUGGACACCGUAGUCGAUCGAGUUGAGCACAGCGCGUUGAGCGACACGCACCGAGAUACGUGGAUACCGUCGGAGCAUACGCGAAAAAUAUUGCGAUCCAUUGCAACUUCCGCAGCUGGCGCGAGUCAUCUGGAGCGUGAGAAUCUCACCAUGCCCGGUCUUGCUGUGCAGGGUGACAUGCCAGAUUUGAUCAAGAACGCUUCUAUACACUUUCUGGGCGAGGACGAAAACAUCCAUCGAAAUGUGCGCACGGCAUCCGAUGUAACGCAGGAUGAACGCGGUCUAAGAAAUUUAAUACAGGCUGGCUGCUAUCGAGCGGCGGUUAAUUUGUCAGGCAGAUUGCUGUCCAUCUACGCCCAAGGCUAUGGCAAGAUUAAUCAGCCCAGCAAGCACACGCCUCAUUCUCUGCAGCUCUGGUAUACGAGACUCUCGUUGUUGGCCAAAUUGAGGCAGAUGGACGUGCUGGAGAGCGAGUCGAAGCCGUUCGGCAAUCUGGACAAGCCCGACAUGUAUUUCACUUUUUAUCCGGAAUUGUACGGCACCAGACCAGGUUCCAUGGCGUCGUUUGCCUUCAGAUUACUGUUGGCCGAAAUUCCGUCUUACUACGGCAAACCGAAACAAGCCUUAGACAAUUUGUAUAAACUCUUAGCAACAGUCAAUCGAAUUAUAGCCAAUUUCCAAGCUGGUUUUAAUGGUGAAGGAACGCACGCAAAGAUCAGCGAAUCUGAUCAACGAGACGCUCUGAAAUUGUGGACCGCCAGGAAGUCCAGAAUCUUGAUUUCUGUCAUUAAUUGUGCCAUCAGCAUGAGGAACUAUAUUCUUGCGAUAGAGAUACUGGAGAAUCUGUGCAAUUUGCCUGAUUGGACCGCAGAGCAGAUAGGUAUCUUGAGAUCGGCCAUAGGAAGGGUGCAUUUGUUCCUCGGCGACGUCUCAGCGGCGGAAAAGUUCUUCGUUCGCAGCAACAAGGAGGAAAAGACAACGAGCAUCAGAGAAUUGGUAGAUAGCGGAUUAAUGGCGGUCGCUCAAAACGCCUUUCAAGAAGCCUACAGUUACUUCCAGUCCGCUUCGGCGAUGGAUCCGUCUAACGUUAUGUUGAUUAAUAACAUGGCGGUGUGUUUGUUGUAUACCGGCCAGCUGAGAACAGCCGUAUGGUUAUUUGAAAGCGUCGUCAAUAGAAAUCCGCUCAAGAGUUUACAAGAGCCGAUCUUAUUGAAUAUGUGCACCUCGUAUGAGUUGCAUACGACGCACUGCAAACAACCAAAACUGCACCUUCUGAGGCAGCUGAACAGAUACAAAGGCGACGCGAUGGAUAUUCAGUGUCUAAAACUAGCCAUGUAAGAUUUAGAUGGAAUUGUUACUGUUAAUGUUAACAUUUUGAAACUCGAGCCUGUUGUUCUUAAAGAUUAUAAGUUGUAGAGUUUAAUUUGCAAAAAGAAUGUAGAGCAAAGAUAAUAGAAUCGAAAAGUCUGGUGCAACAGCAGUUUAUAUUACAUUCUUUUUUGAAUUGAAAAAUUAAAUUAAAUUACUGAAUUUUUUUGCUUCCAAGUUUAAUAAUCUACUUAAGAAUUUGAAAAGAUUAAGCUGAUAUUAUUUAUUGCAAGGGUAAAUUGAGAAGUAAAGAGACAUUUUCAAUCGAUUUGGGAAUCAAAAAAAUUCCUUUACUUUUUGACUUGUAAAUAUGCUCGAAUUGUACUUGAGCUCGGGUCACAAAAUGUUAAACCUCAGGGAGGAUGUAAAAACAUUGUGAUAAUAUGAAUAAAAAUAUAAUGUUUCGUUACACA